GUUUCUCUGUUUACGGAAAUCUUUUUCACAUAUACUCGAUAUCAUACAGUUUAGAAGAACGAACGAAAUGAAUCAGGAAUCUUGCUGCACUUGUGCGCGUCUACUUGUGCAGAUAGAGAGGAAUGAAGGGAGGAACGGCCUACCUUCUUACUCGGCAUCUACGCUGGAAAGCAAUUCUUCCAUCCAAUCGACGAGAAGUGAUGCAAGUCUUGGUGGGAAAACGAAAGAAGAAACAGUCUUCUCGGAGAAAGGCCCGGCAUGUGAUAUAGAGAAGGAAAGAGGAGACACACAUUGGAAUGAGAAAGAAAGGAGCAAUAGCAGAGAAAAUAGAAGGUUAUCAUGUUGCGGACGCAUUAUCUGUGGGGAAUGUAUAGAGGGUAAUGAGAGAUUUGGGAGUUAUUGUCCUUUCUGUCAGGUCAGGAGUGCAGAGACGAUGGAUAAUACGGUAGCAGCUUCCACGCCGUCGGAUAAGCCACCCUCCUACGCAUCCCUUCAUCUCUCUCCCGAAUCGAAUUCCCGAACUUCCCCUCCUACUUACUCUCACACUCUUGACUCCAAAUCACAACCCGAACUCCAGUUACAAUCGAAAACCGAACCACAAUCUGAAGAUGUCCUCCAUUUCCUCUCUCACGCCACCGAUUCUAUGACUUCUCUAUCCUUUCGAUACGGUGUACCCAUCGAUGUAUUGCGAAAGAAAAAUGGUAUAACAAGUGAUCACUUGCUUCUCGCUAGGAAAACAAUACUGAUACCUGGGGAAUGGUAUAAAGGGGGAGUGAGCUUGAGUCCGCGGCCUGUAGAGGGAGAGGAAGAAGAAAGGAGGAAGAGCUGCGUGAGGAGAUUCAUGGUUGGGUGUAAAGUCUCUGAAUACGACAUUGCAGUCCUGUACCUCGAACAAGCGAACUACGACCUAGAGCUCGCAAUGGGAAUAUACAAAGAUGAUGAGAGAUGGGAGAAAGAAAAUCCUAUAUCAAAUAAAGGGAAAGGAAAAGGGAAUUCGAGAUAUGAUGUUGCAAAGAGAAGAUUCACAGGACAGAGAUCAUGAGAUUUUCGCUCGCAAAUUGCUGUGUAAUUGUGUAAUUUAGAUUCCUCUUUAUUUUUGUAUUUUAACA